AUGAAAAAAGAUCUUGGUACAGUGAUUGGAAUUGAUCUGGGAACGACUUAUUCAUGUGUGGGAGUAUUUAAAAAUUGUCAUGUGGAAAUUAUUGAAAAUGAUCAAGGAAAUCGAAUAACACCAUCGUGUGUUGCAUUUACACCUGAUGGUCAACGAUUAAUUGGUGAUGCAGCGAAAAAUUUACUUACGUCAAAUCCUCAAAAUACAUUAUUUCAAAUCAAACGAAUUAUUGGACGAAAAUUUAAUGAUUCAUCUGUACAAACAGAUAUUAAACAUUUUCCAUUUAGAGUCAUCGAACGUCAUGGGAGACCCAUUAUCAAAGUAGAUACUCGAUAUGGAGAAAAAUUAUUUACACCUGAAGAAAUUUCAGCAAUGAUACUGGGGAAAAUGCGUGAUAUUGCUGAAGGAUUUCUUGGAGACGAAGUAAAAAAUGCUGUUGUAACAGUCCCUGCUUAUUUCAAUGAUGCUCAACGACAAGCAACCAAAGAUGCUGGAACAAUUGCUGGCUUGAAUGUGAUUAGAAUUAUUAAUGAACCAACAGCAGCAGCUAUUGCUUUUGGAUUAGACAAAAUGAAGAAAUGGGAUGGGGCCAAACAUAUUCUUGUUUUUGAUUUAGGUGGAGGAACAUUUGAUGUUUCAUUAUUAGCAUUUGACAAUGGAGUAUUUGAAGUUCUUGCCACCAAUGGUGAUACACAUUUGGGUGGUGAAGAUUUUGAUCAACGUGUUAUUGAACAUUUUAUUAAAUUAUUCAAAACAAAAAAAGGAAAAGAUGUAGCAAAAAAUAUUCAUGCAGUUGAAAAACUUCGUCGGGAAGUUGAAAAAGCAAAACGAAUUUUGUCAUCUGAACAUCAAACAAGAGUUGAAAUCGAAUCAUUUAUUCCCAAUGAAGAUUUUAGUGAAAUAUUAACGCGUGCUAAAUUUGAAGAAUUAAAUAUCGAUUUAUUUCGAUCAACAAUGAUACCUGUUGAAAAUGUUCUCAAAGAUGCUAAAUUAAUGAAAUCUGACAUUGCCGAGGUUCUUCUCGUUGGAGGAUCAACACGAAUACCAAAAAUACGACAAUUUCUUAAAGAAUUUUUCAAUGGAAAAGAACCAUCACGUGGAAUCAAUCCAGAUGAAGCUGUUGCUCAUGGUGCAGCUAUACAAGGAGCCAUACUUGCAGGUGACAGAUGCAUCAUCGAUACUGACAUUGUCAUUAUAGAUGUCAAUCCAUUAACAAUGGGUAUUGAGGUUAAAGAUGGAGCCAUGUCACCGAUUAUUCCACGAAACAGUCACAUUCCAAUAACCAAGACACAACCUUUUACAACUGUUCAUGAUGAUCAACAUACAGUCAUUAUACGAAUAUUUGAAGGUGAACGGCCUAUGGCUAAACACAAUCAUUUUUUGGGAGAAUUUGAUCUUACUGGUAUUCCACUUGCUCUACGUGGUAUUCCUCAAAUUGAUGUUACUUUUGAUAUUGAUGUUGAUGGAAUUCUCAAUGUCACUGCUCAAGAAAAAACUGGAGGAAACAAGAAGAGCAUUGUCAUCAAUGCAAAAACAAAUCGAUUAUCAAGUGAACAAAUUGAUCGAAUGAUUAAAGUUGCCGAAUUAUUUUCAGAUGAAGAUAAAUUAGUUAGACAACGAAUAGAUGCAAAAAAUGAACUUGAAUCUUACACAUAUUCAUUGAGAAAUCAAUUAAAAGAUCCAAAGACACUCUUCGGAGAAUUAUCAUCAAAAGAAAAGUCAACUAUUACAGAUGCUGUUGAAAAUCAAAUUAAAUGGAUUGAUACCAAUCCAAAUGGUAAAACGGAUGAUUUCAGAAAACAGAAAAAACAACUUGAAAGAAUUGUUCUACAAAUAAUGAGCAAAAUCCAUGGAUAUAACUCAAAUAAAACUCGAUCACAAUCAUCUCAAUACUAUGGAGAAUUAUAA